AUUAGAUACAUUGCGAGAGUUUGGCCCAAUUACUUUUGUCCUUAUUGGUUCAAGUUAAAGCGUCCUGAAAGACGCUAGUCUAGCGAUUUGCAAAGCCAAUUUUGGUUGCUUAUAGAGUAACUACUAUGGCAAUGGUAUGCAACCAACUCAGUACCCCAUUAUAUGAGUAUAUAUUUCCUUGGAGGUUGAAGGAGACCGACGUGUGGUCACAGGUUGAUGCACUUGAUCAUCGGACUGGGCAGAAAGUGGCCGAUAUACAAAAUCUAAUUUAGAUGUCCAACGAGGAGUCAACCGCAAUCAGCCAUAAGAUACCAGUUGGUUUGUUGGUACCCUAAUACUGACGUCUAACAUAGCGAGAAUAAUUCACGCUAUCAUGGGCAUUAUGUUUUGUGCCAAAUGGCAGAAACGCCAUGAAGUCACAGGAGAACGAUUGUUAUUCUCUUGCGAGAUAUAUAUUCAUCGAAGAAGAGUGUCUGGGGAGACGUCCAAUAAGUGAUGAGACAGGAGUGCAGGGAAGAUUCAAUCAGAAUAUGGGACAGGCUGUGGGGGGCAUGUUUCUGUCAGAAGGACUUGAUAUUAAGUUUGGCGACUUCAAAACUUGUGUCUUGCAUGAGGCCUACAGUCGAGUACCGGACUCAUUGGUACGGAAUAUGGCCGGCUCUCUUCUUGCAGUUGGGGGAAUUAAAGUUCCAUGGGUUCCAUUGCAUAAGAUAAGAGAUAUUCUGAGCAAUAGAGAGGUUUGCUUCAGACACUCGGUUGGCAAAUCAUCACUGAAAUAUGGAAGUUUGGAUAUGACAUAUGGAAUUUUAAAUAUAGCAGCUCACAAGUCAAUGUGGUAUCAAAUAUAUAUACAAGAUUAAUGGUUGAAGGUAUAGCCAAUGUAUAUACUACUUUUCGGCCAGCAAUAGAAGAGAAUAUUCGUCAUGUUAUGACCCUAUUUAUUCAGAACAAAGGGUGCUUAGUACUAGCCAGACUUGAAGCGAAGGGUUCUUGAAACGUAGCACUACUGUAACUCAACUUAUUGUGAAAACAUCCGGUUCCAGUGUAGAAAGGGAAGAGCAACAGCUCUUUGUUUGGAUGCCUAGCGGAUGCUGAUGGCUGUCGCUUCGUUUAGCUGAAUCGGGACAGGGAACUGCAUGUCCUGCAGACAUCCGGCUUGGAGUUGGACCACGAUAGAAC